AUGCUUUUGCGACCUGCGGCUCGACGCCUCGGACGGGUCUGCGGACCUCGGCCGCCGUCUGUGCGGACGCUCGACGGACUCCAGUACCAGUCGCAUGGACCGAUACGAUUGACACAGACAGCUGCACUACCGAGUGCUUCUUCUUCAUCUCCUUCCGCAGCGCCAACUGUGACUGCAGCUGUAGAUGCUGCAAACCAGAGCAAACUGAAGCGUCGCAAGAGUAAAUUGGUCAAGAAAAAAGUACCGCCACCUGCUGUUGCUGCUCCUGUUGCUGCUCCAGUUGCUACUCCUGUUACUGGUGCUACCGCUGCUCCUGUUGCUGCCCCAGUUGCUACUCCUGUUACUAGUGGUACUGGUGCUCCUGUUGCUGCUGCUACUGCUGCAGUAGAUAAAGGGAACGCAGCGGAUAUAGCAGAUGCAGACAAGCCGCAGUCGUUGCCGAGGAAGAAGCUCAAGCCAAAGCAGAAGCACCGAAAAAAAAACGUGGUCCAGAAGCACCAUGAGGAGCAGCUGCUGGCAAAGGCUAUCGAACAAGACGCCAAUACUGAUGCAGCUGCCGUGGCGACGUUGGAUACAAAACAAGCGAACCGAAAAAACAGCACACAAGCUCUGGACAAGGCAUGUGGAGCUGAAGCUGCCGACACGGCAGAAAAGGUGCUUCCAAAGGAGCCACUGCCGCUGAAAGACGUCGAGACGAGGAAGAUUACACUGACACUGCAGGAGAUUGCAGCGUUGCAGAAGACACUUCCAAGUGAGAUGGAGGUUGCGUCGUUGAUCACGAAGCUGCGCCAAGUGUCGUUUGACAGCGCACACGAGCUGUUUGAUUUGUACCGCAACUUUGGCAACCCGUACUUGGACGAGAACUUUUUGACGCCAGGUGUCCUAGCGUGCUGCGAGGCAAAGAAACCAGCUGAGGGUAUACGUAUCGUUCGUGCGAUGCUCAAUCAAGGACGAAAGGUGGAGGAGUCCACGCUGCGCACAUUGCUAACUGCUUGUGACGAAGCGUCGGCUGCUGCAGAAACAAUUGAGCUUUGGGAUCUGAUGGAAAAGGCUGGGAUCAAGCUUGACCUGGUCGACUAUAACCGUUUCUUGGACAUUUGCUACCGCCAGGAGUAUCUGGAUGGUGCCAUCAAGGUGCUGAAGCAGCUUCGUCUACUGCGAUCGAUUUCCGUGCACACGUACAUGCACUGGCUACUGCGCGCGUCGAUUGUGUGGCGUUCGGAUGCAUUUUUUGACAUUUUGAUGGAGAUGCGUUUGUCGGAAGUCGAGCCAGAGAUCAUGUCCCUCACGUCACUCGAGUCAGGCCGUAAGGAUCGAGCGUUAACAGUGAUGGAAGGAGUGCGUGCCGUCGGACUAGAUCCGUGCUUUGCCAUGUCGUCCGUCUACUCAUCGAUGCAGUCGUCGGUAUACCGCAAUGGACCGAGUUACACGGCAUUGACGAAGAAUGACAUUCGAAACGCCCGGAAGAAGUUUGGUGACCUUGUGCCGAUCGAACAAGACUGGCCCGUGACGCCGAUUCCGCAGGUGUUGGAGACUCAAGCCGCAGGACUAAUUCUUCAGCAAGAAACGUUUCGCCGGCUCAAGCGACAGCAAGUGAACCACAUUGACGAGCUCCUGCAGAUGCUGCCGAUCACGACCAAUAUGACUAUCAACUUGCGCAAACAGCUGUUGCGCAUGUCGUUAUUGGUCAAUACGCAUCGCGUUCGUCGUGAUCGAGUCGCUAUUUGCAAUGAAUACGACAGUGGCCGCAGUCUGAUUGAGCUCUCGACGGUGCAUAACUACCCGCCUGUGUCGCUCAUGCGAGUCAUUCUUCGAGCCAGAGGGAAGAGCCAGGUGGAAAUCAAGAACGCGCUCGCACGGCCUGGCGAGAAUCUGUCAAAGCGCGAUCAGCACGAGUUGCGGAAGGCGAUUGAGUACGACAGUAUUCACAAGAGCGACCCGUUCCUUGGUGUGCCCCAGUACAAUGCCGACUCGCUCGAACAGGCCGUCGAGCACUUUCUCAAAGCCAAGGGCAUUCGUCUCAAGACCCAAAGCGAGUUGUGCGCGGACCAACUUGCAAGUCACGGCCGCCGCGUCAUCUCGCCGGACAUUUUGCUGCUGGACCCUGUGCUCAUCAAUGGCGUGCCGAUCCGGUGGAUCGAUGCGAAAAACUACUACGGCGCGCACAUUGUGAGCAAGCGGCUGAUCUCAACUCAGCUCUCGAAUUACGUGAAGGAAUGGGGUCCGGGCGCGAUCGUGUUUGGCAUGGGCUACAGCGACAUGUUCUCGUUGCCAGGCGUCGUGUGCCUCGACACGACGCCGUUCCCCAAGACGCGCCGAGAAGCGGCGAAAGUGCGGAUCCAGUCGUUUUUCUACUCGUGUAUCAACGCUUUCCGCUGGAAAAAGCACUUGGGCAGCGACUUGACGCAGCAAUAUGCGCCAGCGGACAGCGGCAGUGCGUCCUGA